AUGUAUCUAAGCACCUGAACCAAUAGGCGGAACAUUUAAUGAACAGUCAUAGUGAAUUUGAUGAUAUCGCCAACAACUGUUACCAACCAUGAAUAUACUCCAUAAUUUAACUUACACAUAAGUUAAAUUCGUUUGAUUAAAGAAACAUACUACUACUAAUGAUGUGGAAAAUUCAAAGAAGAAAACAAACAUAAAAAAAUAGGCUUUUAACUUAUAGAGAGCGUUGACCUGAACCUGAUAAUGUGAACUAUAUUUAUUUUUAAGUCUCCAGAAUGGGCAUAUACCACAGAUUCUUACUUUGAUUCUGGAUUUUCUGUCAUUCUUAGAUAGCUCUAACAAACACUCUUUCAGUCUUUGAGUCUCUAUUAUAAAUACCCUCUCUCUAUACCUCUUCAUCACCAACAUCUCAAUUUAUGCUUCUCUCUCCUCAAUCCACACCAAGUGAAAUUGUAAUCAGGUAAAAAAGUUGGUGAUGGCGGGACAACUAGGAGUGCUUAAUGCACUCGAUGUGGCGAAGACACAAAUGUACCAUUUCACAGCAAUUGUGAUUGCUGGAAUGGGUUUUUUCACUGAUGCUUAUGAUCUCUUCUGCAUUUCCCUUGUCACAAAAUUGUUAGGAAGAAUCUAUUACACAGAUUACACCAAACCAAAGCCAGGUGUUCUUCCUCCAAGUGUACAAGCCGCUGUAACUGGUGUCGCGCUAUGCGGCACUUUAGCAGGCCAACUAUUCUUCGGUUGGCUUGGUGACAAAUUAGGAAGAAAGAAGGUUUAUGGUAUAACCCUUAUGCUUAUGGUAGGUUGUUCACUCGCCUCGGGUCUAUCUUUUAGUAAUAGUCCAAAGGGUGUUAUGGCAACACUUUGUUUCUUUAGGUUUUGGCUUGGUUUUGGUAUUGGUGGUGAUUACCCUCUUUCAGCCACAAUUAUGUCUGAAUAUGCGAACAAAAAGACGCGAGGCGCUUUCAUUGCCGCUGUGUUUGCUAUGCAAGGAUUUGGAAUCAUGGCUGGUGGAAUAGUUGCAUUGAUUGUAGCUACUGCUUUUGAUCACAAAUAUAAAGUUCCUAGUUACGAAGAAAACGCGCAUGCGUCACUUGUGUUACCAGCUUUCGAUUACGUUUGGCGUAUUAUUCUAAUGUUUGGUGCUGUUCCAGCAGCACUUACCUAUUACUGGCGUAUGAAGAUGCCGGAGACGGCUCGUUACACCGCACUUGUUGCUAAGAAUGCUAAACAAGCAGCUUCUGAUAUGUCUAAGGUGUUACAAGUUGAUCUUGAAGUUCAAGAGGUUGUUGAGGAUAAGACUCAAAAGUUUGGUCUUUUUACCAAGCAAUUUGCAAAACGUCACGGUAUGCACUUGUUAGGAACAACUACUACUUGGUUCUUGCUGGACAUUGCUUUCUACAGUCAGAAUCUUUUCCAAAAGGACAUUUUCACCGCCAUUGGAUGGAUCCCUCCGGCGAAAGAAAUGAACGCAAUCCACGAACUUUAUAGGAUUGCAAGAGCACAAACACUUAUAGCAAUGUGCAGUACUGUUCCAGGUUACUGGUUUACAGUGGCGUUUAUCGAUUACAUGGGUCGAUUCGCAAUCCAAUUGAUGGGUUUCUUCUUCAUGACGGUCUUCAUGUUCGCUCUCGCUAUACCUUACGAUCACUGGACUAAAAAAGAAAACAGAAUCGGAUUUGUUGUGAUGUACUCAUUAACUUUCUUUUUUGCCAAUUUUGGUCCAAACGCUACCACAUUUGUUGUUCCAGCCGAGAUUUUCCCUGCAAGGCUGAGAUCCACCUGUCAUGGAAUUUCGGCUGCUGCAGGAAAAGCCGGAGCAAUUGUUGGUGCAUUUGGAUUCUUAUAUGCUGCACAAAGUAAGGAUCCAACUAAGACUGAUGCAGGUUACCCAACCGGUAUUGGUAUUAAGAACUCGCUUAUUAUGCUUGGUGUUGUUAACUUCUUUGGAAUGGUAUUCACGUUCUUAGUACCGGAACCUAAUGGUAAAUCAUUGGAAGAGAUGAGUGGUGAGAAUGAAGAAGAUGAUGCUGAGGCUAUUGAGAUGGCAGGGUCAGGAACUGCUAGGACAGUACCAGUUUAAUUAAUCAUAAUCUUUGUUUAAACAACUUCAAAGUUAUUAUUUUUAUUACUAUUAUUGUUAUACUACAAUUUUAGUUCGGUUUUUCGUUUCUUCUGCAAGAUUAAUAAUAAUGUAGAUACUACUAUAUUGUUUUUGAGUGUUCUAACUUUAUAUCAGUUGCAAAGUUUUUCUGUA